CCUGCCAAGAAGAUGCCGGCCAUGGAUUCCAAUGCCCCGGGACAAUUAAUCGGGUUGGAGGAUUAUGCCAGUUUUUCUGUCCAUGGGAGAGAGAUGAUUGGAUCUGUAACACAUUGGCAUUUCGAUUCAUUUGGCCCUGUGGGUACCCAAGGGAGUGUCAAUCAGCCUGCUGAUGCUUUUGGACAGAGCCAAAUGAGCAGCAACGUGGAUUGGCCUAUUCCUAUUGAUGAAUCUGUAGCACGUAUGGAGGAAGAUGCCCAAGCUGAAGGCAAUGUUGAUGAGGAAUACCAAGUUGACGGAGAAACCGACUCUGAUCAUUAUGAUGAUUUUCUGGUUCGUUGUGAAGGUGAUACAGAUGUUGAGGAAUGCUUCCCAACACCAGUGGCAGCAAAUUAUGUACUUGAGAAAGAGAAGCCAAGGGUAGAGAGGGAAGACAUCCAGGAACGAGGUAGGAAAAAAAAAUGCAAAGGAUAAGGCGGAGCUGUCAAGAGCAGCCAAGAGAAGGGCAAUAGAAGGAGUUCUGGAGGAAGAAGGCAUGCCAUUUAGUGAUCAAGCAAGUGAUGACUGCAGGGACUUGGAUGAUUCUAGCGAUGAUGAUGGAGCUGUGGAUCCAAAGUCUGUGUCCUUAACAAAGAGGAAGAGCAGAUCAAAGAAACUA